AGUACGGAGUCGCUGUUUCUGACCAGUGGCAGCGAUCAGAUAAGAGGUUCAGGCGGACACAUUCCUCUGCAGUUUGCUACUGAAGCCACAUUUUGGAAGAUGGAUUGUUCAGAGGAGGUUCAGACUGUACCUGAAGAGCCCAGCGCUCAAAUGGAGCUUAAAAAGGGAAUGUCGAUUUUCAUUGAUAUUUUACGGAGAGCUGAUAAAAACGACGACGGGAAGCUUUCCUUUGACGAAUUCAAAGCCUACUUCUCCGAUGGAGUCUUGACAGCUGAGGAGCUGAAGGAGCUCUUCCAUACAAUCGAUACCCAUAAUACAGAUAACGUGGACACCGAUGAACUCUGUGAGUAUUUCUCCCAGCACCUCGGUGAAUAUGAGAAUGUUCUCGCUGCCUUAGAAGACCUGAAUAUGUCCAUACUGAAGGCGAUGGACAAAACAAAGAAGGAUUAUCAGGAAUCCACCCACCUGGAGCAGUUUGUGACCCGCUUCCUGCUGAAGGAGACAACCAAUCAGCUUCAUUCGCUUCAAAGCUCGCUCGAAUGCGCCAUGGAAACCACAGCCGAGCAGACUCGCCAGGAGAAACAGGGCCCGCUGAAGCCCGAGGUGCUGUCCAUCCAGUGGUCAGGUCGUCGGUCCAAUCGGAGGCUUCAGAGGAACAGCAGCCUAUCUCCCAACAACCCGCUCCUCAGUCUCGUCAAUUCAGGUGUUUAUGAUGAAGACAGUCAGUGGAUGAUCCAGGUCAACAGACUGCAGAAACUCAUCGACCGCCUAGAACAAAAGGAGAUUCGCCUGGAGCCUGUUGAGGAGGAGGUGUUGGAGAGCAAAUCGCACAUCCUGAUAGUCCAGAGGCAGCUCUCGGUGCUGGAGGAGGAGCUGGAGGAGUUUCGUUUGGCUCUCAGACAGUACAUGGAGUGUGCCUGCGCCCAGACUGGAUGUCUACACAUCGCAGUUCAGCGGCUGGCAAAUGAAUCACGCUUCAUUCUCUAUGAAUUCUGGGAGCACAACAAUGUGUGGAAGAAUCACCUGCAGACCAACUACAGUAAAACCUUUCAGAGGGGGAAUGUGGACUUUCUGGAAACUCCUGAGAUCAUAACCACCAUGCUGGUUCCUGCCUCAUGGUGGGUCCUCAACAACAACUGAAUUUGGACGAGCACCCUUCUCUCAUUGUCACUGAUGCGCGCAGAGGGCAAACAGUCACCUGUCAACACAUCAGGAAGUCCACAGUGUCUCUCACACACACACAAACACACAAACUUACAAACACACACUAACUCAAUACAACUUGUGAAGUCAUGGUGAUUAGUUUAGAUUUUAUGACCUCCAUGUUCAUAGUUAGGUGGUAGCUGAAAUAGCCCUCGCGUGCAUUUGUUUACAUUCCUAGAUGACGCCCUGAUGUCCUAAAAGCAAUGACCUCAUCAGACCGAGACCCAUCUGAUGAUCAUCAUCACUGUGUUUGACGUGACAUCAUCUGCAGUCCAGUGUGUGUUUGUGUGUGUGAGUGACAGAGAGAGAGAAAGAGAGAAAGAGGUAUAAUUGUAUAAAUUGUAGCAGCUCUGAGGAGCUCAUUAAACCAUCAUUCUGUUGUUUCUGUAUUCAAUGUGUUAAAUUCAGAUAAAAAUCUGUUGGUCAUAAAUAAAAAUGAUAUAUCGUUGUGUAUGCCGUGUGGAUCUCUCUCAAUCUAAAUGUGGAAAUAACAUUCAAAUUCAAGAUGGUAAUUCAUUAUAUUCAGCAUUUCAGUUUAUACUGAUAACAGUGAUGUGUUCUUUUGUAACAAGGAGAUAAAUGGCUCUACGUGUGCUUUCAGAUACUGAUAGCUAUGGUGUAAAACUGUGGCACACUGACUCUGAGUGUGUGUUUGCAGUUUCCUAGAGAUGCAAUUUUCAAAUGAUUGCACAUGGCACCACCUAGUGAACGGAGAACAGAAAUGCAGCUUUUAGACAGCCUGCUAAGAAUUUUUCCAGCUUUAGGAAAAGACUUCAAGGUAAAUGACUACUAAUUAAAUGUUAGUUACCUCCAAUCAGUUGUAUUUAAGUUAUAUUUAGAAACUGAACCAAAAACCUUAUGGAUGUGGUCCAAUCAAAUUUGGUUCACAGAGGCCUGGCAGCGUAAGCAAACAGAUACCAAAAACAAGGAAGAAAAUAAAAGAGAAAAAAUACAUGACAUCACUUUUUCCAGCUAGACCAUAUACUUCAAGCCAGUGAGAGGAGCCACAGAAAAAAACAUCUAUUGUGAUUUUGGAAAAAAUAAAAUAAAUAAAAAUCAAUGUGAGACUGUUGUUUUAUUCACUCUAAUCUCUCAUUAAUUCACAUUUACAAACAGCUUAAUGGUGUCCUUACUUUUAUUUUAUCACAAGACAAUAGCAGAUAUCUGGACUACAAUUAAUGUAAAUCGCGUAUCUGAAACACAUGUCAAACUAUGACGUCACUGAAUUUCGUGACUUCGACGCCACGAAAUUCAGUGACGUCAUUGUGACGUCACGAAAUUCGCGGCUGCGAGGUUUUAAAUAGAGGGCGAGGCUGCAUUCAGUUUAAGUUCCACACUCCCACGAGGAGUGUGGAACGGCACACUCCUCCGGAGUGUGGAAAGCUCCGGUGACCGGAUGAACGCCUUUCUCGGCUCUAUCCCCGCCCUCCUUGAGUUCUUGCACCCACCGCCACGCAUCCCCAGCGUUGUGCGGUGGAGGUCCGCCGGGAAGCCCGCAUGCACUAGGCUCGCGGUGUUCCCGGCGGCUGAGUCCUCUUUGAUGCUGAGGUUCAGAGCCAAGAGCGCAUGCGGUCUGGACUUUAUGCGGUAGGCUCGGUCUUUCCGUCACGGUGCCGAGCCCCCUUACAGGGGUCUUCCGGAAACUCGGAGCUUUCACGACUCCUCUCAUGGAACUCGUGGUCUUUCUUUUCCUUUCCUUUCCUGUCCUGUCCUGUCCUGUCCUGUCCUUUCCUUUUCUUUCCAGACAAAUCUUAUCAAAUCAGCUCUGAAACAUUUUUAAAUACUCAGAAGAGACAAAGUCCAUCCAUAUCAGCUCAGCUGAUUCAUGAUAUUGACCAUUCUAUACCACCAUUAAUGAUGUCAUCAAUGACGUCAUUAAAGGGCUGCGUCUCAAUUCAAAUGAAAACAUGGGAACAGCACGUGCGGUUUAGAGUAAAUGGAGGAAUCUGUUCUCUGUUCAUCCAAAAAAAACCUUCACAGUCGACAUUGCUCUUUCUUGGAUCCUCAGCAAUUCACCAGGAAAGUUUGAAGUUGAUCAGAUGAGCAUUUGUUAAGAAAAUGUUAAUGUAGUAAUCAUUGAUUUAGAUGACAUCUUUUAAACGUCACUGAUUUGUACCGGUGACGUCAUUGUGACGUCAUGAAAUUCGCGGCUGCGAUGUUUUAAAUAGAGGGCAAGGCUGCAUUCAGUUUAACUUCCACACUCCCACGAGGAGAAGUGGAAAGCUCCGGUGACCGGAUGAACGCCUUUCUCGGCUCUAUCCCCGCCCUCCUUGAGUUCUUGCACCCACCGCCACGCAUCCCCAGCGUGUGCGGUGGAGGUCCGCCGGGAAGCCCGCAUGCACUAGGCCCGCGGUGUUCCCGGCGGCUGAGUCCUCUUUGAUGCUGAGGUUCAGAGCCAAGAGCGCAUGCGGUCUGGACUUUAUGCGGUAGGCUCGGUCUUUCCGUCACGGUGCCGAGCCCCCUUACAGGGGUCUUCCGGAAACUCGGAGCUUUCACGACUCCUCUCACGGAACUUGUGGUCUUUCUUUUUCCUUUCCUUUCCUGUCCUGU